AUGUCGUUUCUAGCUGGAUUGAUCGUCGAAAAACGUGGAGACGUCUUUAUAGUCAGCAGCGAUUCGAAUGAUUUUGAAAUCAGCGUCGUUGAGUGUAAUGAUGAUUACGAUGUUGGGAGUUGGUUGUGCCUUCGAAUAAGCAAGGGAGUCAUCGAGGAACACGGUGUCUGCAAGGCAGACGGUCUACCAGAGAUUCGGAUCGUUCAGGGAAAGGCACAGGUAAGUUGUUAA